CUCACUCCGUCUCUCACUCUCUCACUCACUAACUCUCUCACUCACUCUUCUCUCUCACUCACUCUCUCACGCUCUCACUCUCUCUCUCUCCAUCACUCACUCUCUCCGUCUCUCUCCCCAUCCUCGUCCCAGGAGUAUCUCCGCUUGCGAGCGGAGAGUUGGAGGUGAUAAGCAACGAGAGACGAGAAGCCAUGGAUCAGAACGAGUUUGAGGCGGAAUAUUUCGACAAAUCUGACUACUACGGUGUAGAGGAUGCAGCGCAGAGCCCGCGAGCUUGUGCCAAGGGUCGCACCAAGCGUCAGUCCCAGGAGAACUCAAACCGCCCGGUGCCGGCCGGACAUGAGCGCAAGAUAGCGGACAAGCUACAGCGAGCCCACCACAACGCCAGCCACAUCGCCUCCGGCCCCACCAGCUCCACCACCGCCAGCUCCACCACCGCCAGCUCCACCACCGCCAGCUCCACCACCACCAGCUCCACCACCAGCUCCACCGCCGCCGCUGCUGUUCCCAGCGGGCGCCGUGGUCACGCCAAGUCCACCAGGGGCGACUCAGCGGUGACCGAGUGACCCUGAGGCUGUGCGUGGGGGGGUGGUGGUGGUGGUGGGGGUGGUGGUGGGGGUGGUGGUGGUGGUGGUGAUGGUGUUGGUGAUGG